AUGUCGAUAUUAGCUUCCCCAUUCCAACUCCUGGAAAUCAACCUGAUAUCGGCCCAAGACCUCGCACCGGUUUCCAAAUCCAUCAAAGCCUACGCAGUGGCAUGGCUUAGCCCAGAACGCAAGUUAGCCACCCAAAUUGACCCAGACGGUCACAACAACCCCACAUGGAACGAGAAAUUCGUCUUCCGCGUCGACGACGAGUUCCUAAACGCGGACGACUCCACCAUCAUGAUCGAAAUCUACGCCUCCGCAUGGCUCCGCGACGUUCUCAUUGGCACCGUCGGCGUUCUUGUCGCCAACCUCUUACCUCGCUCCACCAACCGCAAAUCCAAGGUUCGCUUCAUCGCGUUACAGGUUCGUCGACCCUCGGGUCGCCCCCAAGGGAUUCUCAACAUUGGAGUCAACCUCGUUGACCCCACCAUGAGAAGCAUGCCAAUGUAUUCCGAACUCAGCGCUUCCGCCGUUGGCGAUUGGGACAUAAUGGACCCCAAGAAGGACAAACUACCAAACCAUGAUAAUAACAACCCUAAUGAUUCCGAUUUCAAGCUCUUAACGCUCCAACGCUCGCAGAGCGAGAAAAACGACUCCACCAUCAACGAUUAUACGUACAAUCCCAAACAAACCGGUUACGGUGGUAACGCUGAUGAUUACCCAGGGGAUUCCGAGCUUGGAAUGCCGAUAACCAAAAAAGGAGCCAUUAUGAACGCCAACGGGUCUCUCUGCUCGGACGUAGGGCCCUCACCGUCGGUGGUGGCAGCGGCGAUAGCGAAGGGAUUGUAUCCGUUGCCGCUGCCGGCGCCGCGAAGAGCGGGGAACUCGUUGUUUGAUGGUUGGCCGGAGAAGGAGGGUGGUGCGGAGGGGCUGAAUACGAAGAUUGAUCGGUGGCGGUCGAUGGAGUUGCCGGCAGUGUACGAUCACUUAGGGCAGAACCAACGGAAGGUGACUAUGCAUACUCCGAAGGAUAAAGGUGAGAAACAGAGACGAGGUAAUCGUGGGAAUGGAGGGUUGUUUUCGUGUUUUGGCACUGCAAUGGGGUGUGAGUUUUCGAUUACUUGUGGUGGGGGUAACCGCAAGAAGAGGUAUGACGGUAGCAAGGCUCAUCUUACUGCUGCGUCCGAGCUUACCUACGAUGAAUCCUAUAUUUGA